UUAGUCCAAAAAAUACACGGAAAAGAAGCGUAGUUGAUUUCUUUCCUUUCGUGUGCGUGUUUCUUCGUAAACAAUAGGGUUCUACUUUCCUUCUCAAAAAUCUUGUUGUUUUAGGGUUCACACUUCCAAAUUCUUCUUCCUUCUUACCUGUUUCUUCUUGUCCUUGUUAUUCUUCCAUUGGAGCUGCUUUCCAAAGCUUAAGGGAAUUGCAUAUAUAGUUCACCUAUUGAGUACACUGAAAUGGAAGAUUCGUCAUUUUUAGACCGGAUGAUUGGUCAUCUUCGAGGAACUUGCAAGUACUAUACUGGUUAUCCAAAGGAUCUUGGACCGUCACGGGUUAUUCAUUUUACUUCUGAGCGCAACUUUGUCGAUCUCCUUGAAGAAGGGUUUCCUGUGGUUGUUGCUUUUACUAUCAGGAGCAAUUACACAGAACAUCUUGACAAAGUAUUAGAAGAAGCUGCUGCUGAGUUUUAUCCGCACGUAAAGUUUUUGCGUGUCGAAUGUCCAAAGUAUCCUGGGUUUUGUAUAAGUCGGCAGAAAAAGGAGUAUCCAUUCAUUGAGAUAUUUCAUAGUCCGACACAUGUAGCUAACCAGGGAAGGGUAGCUGAUCCAAAUACUACUAAAUACAAUGUGAAAGUCAUGCCUUUCAACUACGAUGUCAGUCCAUAUGGAUUUAGAGAAAUCUUCAAGCGCUAUGGUAUUCGGACAUCCGAUACAAAGUAAUAAUGAUCUAGUGCGAAGGUUUUAUCUUUAUAACGAAGAACCACACCAGAUUAUAACACCUAUUCAUAAAUUUGUAAUUGUAUAUCAUCAUAAGUUACAACUACAGGCCAAUAGAUGGACAAGUAUAUUUAUCUGUGUGGUUGAUGUCCAAACCCUUAAAUAUAAUUUGGGUCAGUUCAGUCAGGAAGAUGGUUUCUUCAUUCCUUCAUUUUGGUUGUUUUAGUUGAUAUAGUAAAAGUUAGUUGAUGUAGCUUUUACAAAUAACUUGGCUUAUUUUGCUCUUAAUAUUGAGGUAUCCCAA